AUGAUCUCGAUCAGUUUUAAUCGUAUUGAUCCGUUAUUUAUGUAUACACAAUUGCUAAAAGAAGCACUCUUGGAGAUCGAAGAUGACGAUGUCAAAUCGAUUAAAGAACUUGUUGAAUACUGUCGUCUUCAAAGCGAUGCUUCCGAAAAAACACUUGAAAAGAUCGAACAAGAAUAUCGUAAUCAUUCACCCAUUUGGUGGUACACAGGUCCAUAUUUUAUUUACUCAAUGCUCAAUUGUGGUCUUCGACAAAUGGAUGUCGAUAUUAUCCUGAAGAUGGGUUUCUUCAUUCGCCAUUUACAUAAUCAUAUUAAAGAAUUACAUUGCAAGCAACAAGACAAGGUACAAACAAAAUUUAAAGUCUUUCGUGGACAAGGUUUGUCCAUGGAAGACUUUGACAAAAUAAAAAAAAACAAAGGAGGACUUAUGUCCUUCAAUAAUUUUCUGUCGACAAGUCUCAAUCGUGAGAUUUCCCUGGAAAACUAUGCACAGCCAGCGACACAGAACCCCACUUCAGUUGGUAUUCUCUUCGUUAUGACCAUUGACACGACUAUUUGUACAAAUUCAUCGACACCAUUUGCCGAAGUAAGCAAAAUUGGCUUUUAUAAAGAUCAAGAAGAAGAAAUACUUUUUACAACACAUGUGAUUUUUCGUAUCGAUCGCAUUGAACGAAUUCACGAUAAUCAAUAUGAUCGGCUAUACCAAGUUAAUCUCACUAUUGUGGGUAAUGACAAUCAUGAAUUGAACAUACUUACAGCACAUAUACGUGAGGAACUUGGUGGCCGCACAGGAUGGUCUGGACUUGGUUUCAUACUUGUUAAAUUGGGUGAGCCUGCAAAAGCUGAACAACUCUAUCAGAUUCUCCUCGCAAAGGCGUCGUCUGAACAAGGUCGAGAGGACUACAAUAAUCAACUUGGAUGCGUGUAUAAAGACAUGGGAGAGUAUUCAAAAGCACUUUUAUAUUUCGAAAAGGCACUGAAUAUCAACGAGAAAAUUCUCUCUCCAAAUGAUCUCAAUUUGACUGGUUCCUACCACAACAUCGGCGAAGUGUAUAGAAACAUAGGCGAAUACUCGAAAGCACUUUCAUCGUAUGAACGAUCACUUGAAAUCCGUAAAAUAGCUCUCCCUCCGAAUCAUCCCGACUUGGCUGCUUCCUACAACAACAUCGGCGCGGUGUAUUAUAACAUGGGCGAAUACGCGAAAGCACUUUCAUCGCACGAACAAUCACUUGAAAUCCGUAAAAUAGCUCUCCCUCCGAAUCAUCCCGACUUGGCUACUUCCUACAACAACAUCGGUAAUGUGUAUAAUAACACGGGCGAGUACUCGAAAGCACUUUCAUCGUAUGAACGAUCACUUGAAAUCAAGAAAAUAGCUCUCCCUCCGAAUCAUCCCGGUUUGGCUAACACCUACAGCAACGUUGGUUUGGUACAUGAAAACAUAGGCGAAUACUCGAAAGCACUGUCAUUUCUGCAAAAAGGACUUGAGAUACGACAGAAAUCACUUCCGUCCAAUCAUCCUGCCAUUGCGCGGUCGAAAAGAAUCAUAGAAAAUGUAAAGAAGAAAAUGCAAUUUUUUUUAUUUUUAAAAUAGAAAAUAAACUGGCCAUCUUGAAACCUAAGCUCGUCGAAGCAAAGCAGCUGCAAAAUUUCGCGCACGCGCGACCAGAGAUACCCUACAUAUUCUGUUGGCUCGUACAGUGGACAAAGCCGGCAAUAGUUAGGCAAACAUACAUCGAUGUAUGUAUGAAUAGUACGACCAUGAUCAUCAUCUUCGAAAAGACGAUGACGAAAUGGACGCUUCUAUUCAUACAUACAUAGAUGUAUGCUAUGAAAGCCUACCAUGUGUAUGGGUCACCAACAGAACGUCGGAUAUCCCUGGGAAGGUUCAUUUGUUUUAGAGCCACCCUCAAAAGCUCCAUUAGUUAGAAAAUUAUUUUUGUUCUUCUGUUACGAAGAACGAGAAGAAGUAGAAACGGAAGAAAGAAAAGGUGUGAAAACGAAAAGACGCGAUAGAAGACGACGUCGACGUUACGGAGUGAUAAUACACAGCGCAUGAUAACAACCGGUGUUUGUGAAGCAAUGGAAUAUUGAGUGCACGAUACCUUUGUCGUCUUUAAACAUUUCAUGUUCAAUUCGUCUGUGUUUUCAUCUCGAAUGUGUAAAGAUAACUUAAAAUGUCGUGCACUCGCCUUUAUAGCGAACAAACGAUGAUUCAAUUAAACGGUGGAUAAUAACAAUAUGUUCGCCGUCAAUUUGAGUAAUAACUCAUCCGCUGGAUAUAUUACAAUACUGAUAAAGAAUAGAAAAAAAGGAAAGUUUUAAAUAUAUAUAUUUUUUUACAUUUUAUUAUGAUAUGUGAUGGUUACAUUAACAUUCAUGCUGAAAAAAAAAGAUUGCAUGGAAAAAAAAGAUGCCAUUUUUCACAGCACCUCUUUUUAAAUCUAAGAAGAAGAAGAAGAAGAAGAAUACUCCGCCUUUCGGCUACCUUGCGGUAUAGGGUGCUGCCCGAGGACAGUUUCGAGAAGCCCGAUAUUUUCCUACAUCUAUUACUA